AUGGAAGCCGACCCCAGGUCAUUUCAAGCGGUCAAUAUUGGAUUGAAUCGGGUCGAGAGUGGAAAGGCAAGGUUUACUCACAACGACAUAUAUACACCGCCUCCAGUGUCACAUUGGAGGAACAAUCUGACUGCUCUGUCCCAGCGAUUCAAUCUCUAUUUAGUCGCCUCCGACGAAAAUGUCGUCGUCUACAAGCCUGAUUUCCCCUUUCAGAGGCUGGGAAGAAUGGCCCACCUGGUCAUUGCCCCAGACAUGGCCAAUCCAGAUGCCCAGGGCUACAUAGACCGCCACAGGCCUCAUUCUAUCAACCAUCUGGUAGUGGGUGACCUCGGAACAGAAGAAAUCCUGUUGAUAGCUACUGACUCUGGUAAUAUCACUGCCUACUACACCAGAUCCGUGGAAGAGGCCAUCCGGAAAGAACCAUAUCGUUUCAGCAAUACUGCAACCGCUGAAUAUGGCAACGUUCGUCCUUUCUUCUCCGAGUGGGUUUAUGAAUCCGCCUGGGGUUUGUCAAUUCAUACUCAGGCUCGCAUGCUUGCCGUAUCAGCAAAUACCCCACAUCACAUCCCCAUGGACGAUCCCUGUGCAAAGGUUACCGUUUUCGCAUUUGCAUUGACAGCUGAUGACGAGCCUGCAAAAGAACCCAAUCAGGAUGAUGACGACUCCGAUCUUGAUCGAUUCUCUCAGUGGCAUGAAUGGGAUGCCGCCCACCAUGCUGGACUCCCGCCUCGAGACAAGAAUUACAAGAUCACUCUUGCUGGCUUUGAGGGUCAUGAUGCCAACAUUCCAAGCAUUUCUUUUGUGAAUACGCCUCAGGACCCACAAGGUAAAUGGCUGAUAAGUACCGACAUCGACGGCAAUACAAAAAUCUGGCACAUCUGGCAAGCUCUUUGUCAUAAAUCUUGGAACUUUGCAGAGAAUAACAUUCGUGCAGGCUGGCUAAGGCGCCGCGAAGGGGGCUGGGCCGUUGCUGCCCUUGACCCUCGAUGCUUCCGGUCAGUUCGAACCAUGGAAGAGUUCUGUGGGCACUCAAGAGCGCCUCCCUACCAUGGCCACGUUGGUGAAAGCUAUGACAUCACAAACAUAGUUCGCCUUCGCACACCUGGCAAUAGCCAUGCUCAUCCGCUCAUGGUCGACACGUCUGACGACUCGGACGAACCAGUUGAGCCUGAAGAUGCAAUUGAACUGUGGCCGGAAUCCGACGAUAUCACCAGCACCGAUCCAGAAGACUUGCCUACAUAUCAACCCAGCCCCAAUCAAGAUGACAUUGACCGCUUCCAGAACGAUCAAACUACCUCUCGCUCUGUACAUUCUCCGCAAGGACACUCUUCCACUGCCCUGGUGAUUCAGGAAAAUCGCACGGGAGAAGAUGUAGCAGUUGCCAUCAUGGAAGAUGAGGAGGAGGAUUUCAUGUCCUUGGAAGAGGACGAUGGUCAACACGAGUCAAGCUCAGAUGGCCUGGAUGAGGGCCUCUCGUCAACCAGCCAUCGCAGCAUGACAUCUCUUUCUAGUCUUGCCCAGCGGAACAGCCAGGAUAUCGAGGAGAACGAGAGGCUUCUGCUUGCAAGCCAGAAUAGCCCGGGUGAGACCCCGAACCAAAACAAAGUGGCCAACACUUUUGCCACAGCAAAGCAGCAACCUUGGACAUCCAGCAGCUUUCAAGAUCCUGCUGUUCCUGAUAUUCCAAUGCUUCACUGCAGCGCCUCGAAUUUGAGAUUGUUGAACGGUCCAGACGCAGAGUCACCACACAUUUUCUGUGCCAAUCUUCUGAAGCAGGCUUUACCUCCUGUUAUCGAGAGAAACGGCCUAGGAAAUUUUGAUAGAUUAAAUAUGGUCCAUCAGAUUCCCGAUCUUGGGGUCGUCAUCAUCGCCUCUCAAAUUGGCCGAUGUGCUGUUUGUACUCUAACUCGGAAUGGGAAAACAAGAGCCCCUGGCCUCCGUGUUGAUUGGAUAUUGCCGACGAGAAAGCAAGAGUCAAAAAAGCUGCGACCUGUGAGACCACUACUAGGUAUUGCAAUAUCACCUGUGCAAGGACGUGCGAGCUGCCAGCCGAAGAGCCCCAGCCCCGAAGAGGGAGGUACGAUUGCCUGGGGAACCGAUGGAGUUGUCGAUGGUGUAGCUACGACCUUUGAUCCAGUUGUACUACUACUGCGCAACCGAGGAUGCAAAUCUGACGAUGACUUUCAAUUUAGUCAUGAAGAUGAAGCGGAAAGCAGUUCGCUGGUGGCGAGACGUGCUAAGCGCAAACGUCCGUCAUAUGCGCGAAAAGAGGCAGAUACCUCGUGUCACCCCUCAGAGUUUAGGAAAUGGACGAUGCCUGCUCAGACUGAAUCUUGGGCGUCUGCCGAAAAUAGUCGUCGCUACAGACUCAUGUUGACGUACUCAGACUUCACUGUCUUCACUUACGAACUAAGCCGUGGAGUGGAAAGAGACGAUGUUGCUCAGAGAGAAGUCUCGGUCUUUGACCUACUGGAUUGA